CUAAACUUUUGACGCAUGCGCAAUAGAAGACCUCGAUUUUGAUGCCGGAAAAUUUCAUACAUAAACUGCUCUCUUGAGGAGUUAUUGUGAUAUCAAGAUGGCAUCUGGGGAUGAUGGCAGUAUGAUGGCAUCCCCUGCGCCAAAUCCAAACUACCAACAGAGUGGCCCUCAGCAAGAUAACAUGCAGAUGCUGCAAAAGGCUAUAUCCACUAUGGAGGAGAAGGGGAUGAAAGGUGAUCCACGUUACAACCAGCUUGUAGAUAUGGCCAGACAGAAGCAGGGAGAAGGCAUGAAUCCUGGACCCACAAUGAACACUGCUCCAGACAUGAGCAAAGGAGACCAAAAUCAACAAGGUUUUCCAAAUGCAAAUGCUAGUCAAGAUGGUAAUCAAAUGACCAACCCAAUGGUGAAUCAGAUGAAUCCACAGAUGAAUCAAAUGAACCCUCAAAUGCACAAUCAAAUGGGUAACCAAGGCAACCCACAGAUGGCCAAUCAGAUGAAUCCUCAAAUGGGAGGUCAAAUUUCUGGACAAAUGGCUCCACAGAUGACUGGACAAAUGGCCAAUCAAAGUCAGAUGGGGAGUCAAUAUGUAGGCCCUCAGGGUGGCAACCAGCAAAUGGGCUCUGAUAUGCAGAAGCAAACACCAUUUGGGCAGUCACAAUUGCAGCAAUUAAGGGCACAGAUUAUGACCUAUAAGCUGUUAGCACGAAACCAGGUUGUUCCUGAUAAUCUACGGCUGGCUGUGGAGGGUAAACGGCCCUUAUCAGUAGCACCACCAUAUCGCCCAGGUGACUCGCAGCAGAUGUACCAGUUAAGAAUGCAGCAACAGCAACAACAGAUGCAGAACAAACAGCAAGUCCCAGGAGGCCCAAGAAUGCCAAGUCAGGUGACAGGGAUGCAACCCUCCAUGACCUCUCCACAGGCUCCUGCCACAACCCCCAUUCAAAGGCCCCCUGCAGCAGUUGCACCCACCCCAGGCACAGAGCAACAACCUGUCCCCCCUCCACAGAGCAUGUUCCAGCAAAAACCAAACAGAGUGGCCCCAGUGGCUAAACCCACUGGAAUUGAUCCUAUCGAUAUUCUAAAUGAGAGAGAAAAUAGGGUGGCUAACAGCGUAGCUCUCCGUAUUCAGGAACUUGAGAGUUUACCUGUUAUCAUGCACGAAGAGACUAAAACUAAAGCUAUGAUUGAAUUGAGAGCACUGAGACUUCUUAACUACCAGAGACAGUUACGCCAGGAAGUGGUAAGUUGUAUGAGACGAGACACAACUCUGGAGACUGCAUUGAACCCAAGGGCCUACAAACGCAGCAAACGACAAACAUUGAGAGAGGCCAGAAUGACCGAGAAACUGGAAAAACAACAGAAGAUUGAACUUGAGAGAAAGAAAAGACAGAAACAUCAGGAGUACCUGAAUGCUGUAUUGGCCCAUGCUAAGGAGUUCAAGGACUACCACAGAGGUAUCUCUGGUAAGGUGAAUAAGAUCAUAAAAGCAGUGGUCACCUACCAUGCCAACACUGAACGUGAACAGAAGAAGGAACAGGAGAGAAUCGAUAAAGAGCGUAUGAGAAGACUUAUGGCAGAGGAUGAGGAGGGCUACAGGAAGCUCAUUGAUGAAAAGAAGGACAAGCGUUUGUUCUACCUUCUGAAGCAGACAGACGACUACAUUGCAAAUCUCACAGAAGCUGUCAAGGAACAUAAAGCCUCUGUUAAUCCUAAAAAGAAAAAGAAGAAGAAGAAGGUUGAUGAUUCUCUUCGAGAAGGGUUAAUGGAUGAGAGUUCCAACAUGAGUGACAUGAGAGUCAAUGUGAUUGAGGUGAACACUGGCAAGGUUCUCUCUGGUCCAGAUGCCCCAAUGGCCAGUCAACUAGACACAUGGAUGGAAAUGAACCCUGGUUACAUGGUUGCCCCUAGAGAUGAGACUAUGGGAGAGGAAGAAGAAUCUGAGGAGGAAGAAGAGGAAGAAGAGGAAGCACCACCACCACCAGAGAAAAAAGAGAAAGAUGAAAAUGAAGAACAAACUGUUAAAAGAGAGGUGGAUGAUGAUGAGUACAAAGGUGGGGGUGAGAGUUACUAUGGAGUUGCACACAAAAUUGUGGAAAUUGUCACAGAGCAGGCCUCUAUUAUGGUCAAUGGAAAACUAAAGGAAUAUCAGAUUAAGGGACUGCAGUGGCUAGUGUCCCUCUAUAACAACAGUCUCAAUGGAAUCCUUGCUGAUGAGAUGGGCCUGGGCAAGACCAUACAGACCAUAGCUUUAAUCACAUAUCUCAUGGAGGCUAAAAACAAUAAAGGACCAUAUCUGAUCAUUGUGCCACUGUCCACACUAUCUAAUUGGAUGUUGGAGUUUGACAAAUGGUCGCCUUCAGUGAUCAAGAUAGCGUACAAGGGAUCACCGAAUGCCAGAAAAUCUCUUCAGUUCCAAGUGCGAUCUGGCAAAUUCAACGUUCUCCUAACAACAUAUGAGUAUGUGAUCAAAGAUAAAGGUGCCCUGGCUAAGGUUCGCUGGAAGUACAUGAUAAUUGAUGAGGGUCAUCGUAUGAAGAACCACCACUGUAAGCUGACGCAAGUCCUCAACACACAUUAUAUUGCCCCUCAUAGGUUACUCCUCACUGGGACACCUCUACAAAACAAACUUCCAGAAUUGUGGGCCUUAUUGAACUUCUUGCUUCCUCACAUAUUCAAGUCUUGCAGCACAUUUGACCAGUGGUUCAAUGCACCAUUUGCAAUGACAGGAGAGAAGGUUGAGUUGAAUGGUGAGGAAUCUCUUUUGAUUAUUCGUCGUCUUCACAAAGUGCUGCGUCCAUUCUUGCUACGUCGUCUCAAGAAAGAAGUGGAGAGUCAGCUACCUGAUAAGGUUGAGUACCUGAUCAAGUGUGAGUUGUCAGCUCUUCAGAGGUAUGUUUACAAACACAUGGCCACCAAAGGAAUACUUCUGACUGAUGGAUCAGAAAAAGACAAGAAGGGCAAAGGGAGUACAAAGACAUUGAUGAACACGAUCAUGCAGCUAAGAAAGAUCUGUAACCAUCCAUUCAUGUUCCAACACAUAGAAGAAUCAUACGCAGCUCACAAUGGAAUCCAUGGUGGUGUUGUUAAUGGGCCAGACCUUUUUAGAGUCUCUGGCAAGUUUGAACUGCUAGACAGAAUUCUCCCCAAGUUGAAAACUACCAACCACAGAGUUUUGUUGUUCUGUCAAAUGACUUCAACCAUGACCAUCCUUGAAGAUUACUUUCUCUAUAAGAAUUACAAGUACAUGAGGCUGGAUGGUACAACUAAGGCUGACGAUAGAGGAGAGUUGCUGUCUCUGUUUAAUGCACCUAACUCAGACUACUUUGUCUUCCUGUUGAGUACAAGGGCUGGUGGUCUCGGCCUCAAUCUACAAGUGGCUGAUACUGUCGUAAUAUUCGACUCUGACUGGAAUCCACAUCAGGAUCUUCAGGCGCAGGAUCGUGCUCAUCGUAUUGGACAGAAGAAUGAAGUGAGAGUGCUGCGUCUUAUGACUGUUAACUCCGUUGAAGAGAAGAUCCAUGCUGCAGCCAGGUAUAAGUUAAAUGUUGAUGAGAAGGUCAUCCAAGCUGGUAUGUUUGACCAGAAGUCAACAGGGAGUGAACGUAAACAGAUGUUGAUGUCCAUCCUCACUGCUGAUGAGAUGGAAGAAAAUGAAGAAGAUGAAAUCCCAGAUGAUGAGACUGUUAACCAGAUGUUGGCCAGGACUGAGGAAGAAUUUGACAUCUUCCAGCGUAUGGAUCUUGAUCGACGUCGUUUGGAUGCCAGGGAGGGAAAUAAACGUAAAGCUCGUCUCGUAGAAGAGGAUGAAAUCCCAGAGUUCCUCAUCAAGGAUGAAACAGAGAUUGAUCGUUUAACAUAUGAAGAAGAGGAGGAGAAGUACUUUGGUCGUGGUUCCCGUCAAAGGAAGGAGGUUGACUACACUGAUGCUCUCACAGAGAAACAAUGGCUAGAAGCUAUAGAAGAUGGUGACCUCGAAGAACAAGAGGAAAAGGUGAAAACAAGGAAGAAGUCGCGCAAGAAGAGAGAUAGAGACAGCGAUGAUGAUGAUGAAGAUGAGAGACCAAAGAAGAAGAAAGGGGGAGGUCGUCGUGGUAGACCACCAGUUGAAAAGAUGGCCCCGAAUCCAACGAAGUUGACAAAAAUGAUGAAAAAGUUAUAUGAAAUAGUAACAAAGUACAAGGACAGCGAUGAAAGGAUACUGAGUGAGCCAUUUUUGGUGCUACCUCCUAGGAAGGAUCUACCAGAUUACUAUGAUGUCAUCAAGAAGCCAGUUGACUUUAAGAAAAUAAAGAUGAGGAUUAAGGAGCACCGUUACCGCUCUUUGGAUGACUUGGAGGCUGACAUUAUGCUGCUUUGUGGAAAUGCUCAGGAGUACAACGUUGAAGGAUCUCUGAUCUAUGAAGACUCCAUUGUGAUACAGAGCGUGUUCACCAAUGCCAGGGAGCGCCUGGAGAAGGACAGUAACAUGGCCACACCAGAUGACAGCGAUGACACAGCUGAGGAUGAUGGCGAUGAUGAGGACAGUAAGAUGUCAAGGGAAAGCUCAAGGAAGACUUCAAGAAAGAAGUCCAGCAAGAAGAAAGUUGUGUACAGUGACAAUGAGGGAACAGAAGGGAAUGAGUCUGAUGAUAGUGAGGCUACUAAGAGUUCUCGAGGAUCUUCCCGUGUUGCAUCUCCAGCACCGGGAAAACUGAAACGCUAAACUCGAAAGGACGCUUAACUAAGAAUGGUCAACAUAUUUUUGAUUGAACCUAUUAACACAUGUUUAAGAGUAUUUGACUUGAGUUAGACUCUGUUCGUGUGUUUUGGACUGAGAGCCAAUUGCAAUAUUUAUGGCUAAUGUUAGAAAGCAGGAUGUAUAGAGCAAAGACUCAUUUGUACAAAUAAAGUUAUUUUUUCAUUACAAUGGACAUAAAGGAGAGUUUGAUAAUAGAUAAUAUUUUAUCUACUAGAGUACCACUACCAGUAAGUUUUAAAUGAGAGGACAUUCAGAUAUCAUAAAUCAUUAAUUUCUAUAUUGUUUAGGGGAUACUAUUUUUUAUCUAAAUGUAGUUGAUUUAACUAUAGAUGGAAUCCUAUUAAAUUGUGAAAUGAAGUUCUGAGUAAAAAGGACAUUUCUUUCCAUGAUUGUUUCCAAUAGAUUAAAUCUUGGCCUGGAGAAAAAGUUUGAAUUAGGCCGAUGGACUUAAUUCUUUGUUUCCAGUCAGUGAUCAAUUUGCCUGAUUUUCAAAAAAGCAAACACAAAAAUGUUCCUGGGAAUCCAGCAUAUCAUUCAAAUUACUGCCAAAAAUGGGUCAAUUUACUCAAAAUGAAAAAACUGAUCUGUUUAAGGUGUGGAUGGUUUCAUAGAUAUAAUAAUUUGCAAUGUGAUACGAAUAUGACACAGUAAAUAUUAAUUCAAAUUGCAUGUUCUCAUAUUUUGCUUUGGAAAGAAAAUGAGAUCACAAAACUGCGUCAAAGGUUUGUGUUUUUCCUGUGUUUUUCCUUGGCUUGUAAUAGUGCAACCUGACGGGAAACAGAAUUUUAAUCCAUUGGACUUAUUGGAAAAUAUUGCUCUAUCUAAAAUGUAGUUUAUCAACUUUAUGACUAUAAUACUCUCUCAUGUAGAAACUUUUUCAUGUAAAUAAUGUAUUGGAUGCUGUUUUAUUGGUUUAAAUUGUGUAAUAACAAUAUAUUCAAGUACUGUAUCUAUAUAUUGAUUAUGGCUAUGACUUAAUAGUCACUUCAGCCUUAAUACUGAUUUUACAUCUAAAGGGCUAUUCUUUCAUGCUAUUCUCCAUUCAUCAGUUUAUUUCAAUCCACAAGUAUUUGCAUCCAAUACAUGAUUGUAGUAGUAUCUAAUCAUGAAACAAAAUAUAGAAUGUUAUAUAUUGUGUUUAGAAAAUAAAUGUAUUGAUGUAAACUAAGUGUAUAUUAAGUCUUGUUAAAAUGAAAUACUGUAAACAGCGCUCCAUGGUAACAUUGUCUGGAUAUCUGCAUUAUAGUCACGACUUUAUAUAAAACCAAUAACAAGCUAUAAUUUAUCAUCUGUAAAUACAGUGAUGGACAGACUUUAAUGGCUCACAGCCUAUCAUUUGAUAUGGUUU